CUAAGAUUUCUAGCGCAAUUUCAAGUUAGUUGCUACUCACAUGUAAGUUAAGAUUGAGUCAUAAAUAUUUUAUUAACAGUCUCUGUCUAAUAAACAGAACUUCGUAAUCAGGCCAGACUUUCGCGCCCGGGUUUAUUUUUAGUAUCCUGGUUAAAUGUCGCUGACUGGACCUCAUCUUCUUCCUCUGGAACUAGUGGAUAAAUGUAUAGGUUCUAGAAUUCAUAUAAUUAUGAAAAAUGAUAAGGAAAUGGUAGGCACCUUGCUUGGGUUUGACGGUUAUGUGAACAUGGUCUUAGUUGAUGUUACUGAAUUUGAAUUUACAUCACAAGGCAAACGUAUAACGAAGUUAUCACAUAUCCUAUUAAAUGGUAGCAAUAUUGCUAUGAUGGUGCCUGGUGGAGAAGGACCAGAGAUUUAGGUUUUCUUUAAACUGUGCAACUUUGUCAAUGUAUAUAAAAUUUAUUUGAAUAUAAAUUGUUUAUUGUAUCUUUACUUUUGUUACUGUGUCAACAUAAUCUUGUUUGAAAAGAUCAUUAGCUUCUUAGUUUAUAUAAGUAUAAGAUUUGGCUACUGUGGUUGAGUAUAACUUCAUUAUAGGUAAGAUUUUUUGAUAAAUCACACAGUGUUG